CCUUUUUGUAGGAAAGUUUGGUAUUUUCUUUAUUAUUUAUUUAUUUUUUUAAGCUCAAAAGAUCUGUUCGUUGGAGUAUUUCAGUUUGCAUUUGUAUUUCUUUAAUUUUCUGGAGAAAAUCUACAGACAGAGAUUUUUGUGCAAAAUGUUGGGUGUUGGAACAUCUACUGCCACUGUUCCUGCGAACAAUUGUAGCAAUUCUUGGAAUGAUAGGAUCAGAGAGCUUCAGGUAUCCAAAUUUGGGAAUUUCCCCAAGAAUUUCUGGGUGAGGAAUGAAUGUUAUUCAAGGAGUAAGAGUUUAGCAUUAGCAAAAAAAUUUGAGUUCAAUUGCUCGGCAAAGAGACAAACAGAUGUGAGCACUUCAGCUUUGGUUGAUGAUGUAGCAGAGUGCCUAAAUGAAAUUGAGCUUAGGGAGCCUAGCAUUUCUACAAUGCUGAUGAACUUUGAGAGCAAGUUUGAUCCUUAUGGUGCAAUGAGUACGCCGCUUUACCAAACGGCUACGUUUAAGCAGGCAAUGCUAAAAAUUUUUUACCCAUUUCAUGUUCCUAAUGAUCAAGAAAAACAAAUUUUACCCCAUGAAUGCAUGAUUGGGCUAGGACUGAAAAACAUUUCAAAGGGAUGUUUUCUAUUUAUCAUGAUUAAUUUCGUAAGAAAAUAAUUCAAAUGAAUUCUAAAGCUGGUUUUCGUUGAGUUUGUAUUUGACAUUGGUUUUCAGACAUCAGCAUCAGAAUAUGGCCCAUAUGAUUACACCAGACAUGGAAAUCCCACAAGAGAUGCUUUAGAAAGCCUCAUGGCAAAGCUAGAUAAAGCAGAUCGAGCAUUGUGCUUCACAAGUGGAAUGGCUGCUUUGGCUGCUGUCACUCAUCUUGUUGGAACUGGUGAGGAAAUUAUUGCUGGAGAUGAUCUCUAUGGUGGUUCUGAUAGGCUGCUGUCACAAAUAACUCCAAAAUCUGGAAUUGUGGUCAAACGGGUAAAUACAAGUAUGCUAGGCGAUGUUGCAAAUGCGAUUGGCCCCUGGACAAAGCUCGUGUGGCUAGAGAGCCCAACCAACCCCCGUCAGCAAAUCUCUGAUAUUCGGAGAAUUGCAACAAUGGCUCACACUCAUGGUGCUCUUGUCCUGGUAGAUAAUAGUAUUAUGUCUUCUGUAUUGUCACAGCCAUUGGAACUUGGGGCAGACUUAGUGAUGAACUCUGCUACUAAAUUUAUAUCCGGCCAUAGCGAUGUCAUGGCAGGCGUGCUUUCAAUAAAAGGAGAAAGCUUGGCAAGAGAUUUGCAUUUGCUUCAGAGUUCAGAAGGCUCUGGUUUAGCACCAUUUGACUGUUGGAUUUGUUUACGUGGUAUCAAGACUAUGGCCUUACGUGUUGAAAAACAACAGGACAAUGCACAGAAGAUUGCCGAGUUCCUUGCAUCACAUCCACGAGUAAAGAAAGUUAACUAUGCUGGUCUCACUAGUCAUCCUGGACAUCAUUUGCACUAUACUCAGGCAAAAGGAGCAGGCUCUGUGCUUAGCUUCACAACAGGAUCACUGGCUCUCUCAAAGCACAUUGUUGAGACCACCAAGUACUUCAGCAUAACUGUCAGCUUUGGGAGUGUUAAGUCUCUUAUAAGCAUGCCUAGCUUUAUGUCCCAUGCAAGUAUACCAGCGACAGUGCGAGAGGCUAGAGGUCUCACUGAAGAUCUUGUUCGUAUCUCUGUGGGGAUAGAGGAUGUGAAUGAUCUCAUUUCUGAUUUAGACCAAGCACUAAGAACUGGGCCAUUGUAGGCACUUGAGUCCAGUGAAUCCGAAAUUGUUAUUUUUCUAAAUUCAAUAAGCAUAAGGCAAGUGAUUGUUUCACAUUUACUGAAUUUUUAGAUUGCAACAGUGCUGAACCUUUUGC